AGACACUGCAGAGAUGGUUUCUUAAUAAUCUUCCAUCUCUAGUUGCCACUUGCGACCUCUCUUUGGUGUUUGGGACCUGUGAAUUUUCGCGAUUCCCUACUGCAGCGUUCUUUCGAGAAGCAAAAUAAAAAAAUCUGAACACCAGAGUAACAAUGGUCGGGAGGGGAGAAAGAUGGUGUGUGGUUACCGGUGGAAGAGGCUUUGUUGCUCGCCAUUUGGUGGAAAUGCUAAUUUGUCAUGAAAUGUUCAGUGUCCGGGUUGCCGACUUAAGUCUUGAAAUUAGGUUAGAGCCCCAUGAGGAAAAUGGCACCUUGGGCCAAGCUCUUCGGUCGGGCCGCGCCGUUUAUGUGCCGAUGGAUCUCCGUGAAAAGUCACAAGUCUUAAAAGCUUGUGAAGGAGCUGAAGUAGUUUUUCACAUGGCUGCCCCAGAUUCGUCAAUCAACAACUACCAGCUCCAUUACUCUGUCAAUGUACAAGGCACUAAGAAUGUUAUUGAUGCUUGUAUUGAGCUAAAAGUGAAAAGACUUAUCUACACCAGCUCUCCCAGUGUAGUUUUUGAUGGCAUUCAUGGACUUUUUAAUGUGGAUGAAUCUGCACCAUAUCCCGUUAAGCACAAUGAUUCAUAUUCUGAGACUAAAGCUGAAGGUGAGACACUGGUCAUAAAGUCAAAUGACAGUAAUGGUCUGCUGACAUGUUGCAUCAGACCUAGUGGCAUUUUUGGACCUGGUGAUAGGUUACUUGUUCCUUCCUUAGUCACUGCUGCAAGGGCAGGGAAAUCCAAGUUUAUCAUAGGUGAUGGCAACAACAUGUUUGAUUUUACUUAUGUUGAGAAUGUGGCACACGCUCAUAUAUGUGCUGAACAAGCUUUAGCAUCAGAAGGAGCUGUUGCAGAGAAUGCUGGUGGACAAGCAUACUUUAUUACUAAUCUGGAGCCUAUCAAGUUUUGGGAAUUUAUCUCCCUUAUUCUUGAAGGUCUUGGCUACAAAAGGUGUUUUAUUCAUUCACUUGUCCAUAAAUUGCACAUAUUCACAAUUGUUCGCCUAAUCCUCUUGAGAUUCAUAUUAUUGUUAGAUAACUUUCACAAAUUUAAUCAUUCUUCCACCUACAUUAUAAUUAUGAGGAAAUUGUUGAAGAUUGAAUUCAUUGAAAUAAUCUGCAUAUUCACCAACUUUCAAGGCAUUAACACUAAUUUAAAGACCUUUGAUCCUUCAGAAAAACAAAGUCCUAACCUUUUGAAAUGCUAAUUAACACCAUCAGUUUAUACCCUUCACUCAGUUCUACGUGGAUGCCAGAAACAUGAUGACACAUUAAACAACAACAAAAAUGCAGACUGAUUGAGAUAAUUACAAAUCAGUUAGCAUCUCUCUCACUUUCUUCUGUACAAAAAAAAUUCAAGAUACUCAUUCUCUUCUUAAUUCAACCUUGAUUUUCUUACAAAAACUCCAUUUCUAUUCUAUAAAUGUUGGAGACGGAUCUAAUUCAUUAUAUUGUGUGAGAUGGGAAUCUUCUCUGGAGAUCGUAAUCAUCCGUCUAGUAUUCGUCAAGGCAACAGGAAACCCGAACCUGAUUCUGUACAAUCAUCUUGUGCAGUGUGAUCUUUGACUGCCUUGUUCCACCAUCUACACAUGUAUGCAGGCCAAGUAUUAAGAUUCCUGCCUAUGUUAUGAUGCCAAUUGCUCAUGUGGUUGAGUGGACAUAUAAGCUAUUUGGCCCAUAUGGAAUGAAGGUCCCACAAUUGACACCUUCACGAAUACGACUUUUAUCUUGCAGCAGGACAUUUAGUUGUUCAAAAGCAAAUGAUCUACUGGGCUAUACACCGAUUGUCACUCUUCAGGAGGGUCUUAGGAAGACCAUCGACUCAUACCCACAUUUGAGAGCUGAAAUGAAAAGUAGGAGGGGUGGGCCUUCUAAAGCUUCCAUGCUUCUUGGAAACGGAAGGGUUGCUGACACACUUCUCUGGAGGGAUAAAAAGCAAACAAUCACUGCAGCAGUAGUUCUUGCCGCAAUUUACUUCAAUUUCAUAGCAGUGGGAUAUACCAUGAUAACAGCAGUUUCCAAGCUACUCUUAGUGGCAUCUAUUUUCCUGUUCAUCCAUGGAAAGUUGCCACUGAAAAUGUAAGUCUUUCUCACUUUUUCUCACAGAGCACACAUAUGCACAUAAACAUAAUGGAAGAUUGUAAAAAAACAUUUAAGUUAAUAACAUACUGUACAACAC